CGUUGAUGAGUUUUGAUGAAACAACCGGUAGAACAGGUAAAACACGUUACUGAAGUGGUUUCGUGAAAGUUGGUCAGGACAAAACUAGAGGCAAUAUGAGCAUGGAUUCCCAUAGAAGCAAAUCAUGCACCUGCAUUGCACCCAUCAACAUUGCAGUGAUAAAAUACUGGGGUAAGAGUGACGAAGAUCAGAUUAUUCCCUUAAAUGAUUCUGUUUCCCUGACUCUGGACACUGAUUAUAUGUACACUAAGACUACUGCCACAAUUAGCUCUGAACUUACCAAAGACAGCAUUGUCCUCAAUAAUGAAGAAGCCUCUGGAGAUGGAGUACGUUUCCAAAAUUGCCUUUCUGAAAUUAGAAAGCUUGCAGCUUCAAGUAAAUAUACCUCAACUGUUGAAAAAUCCAAAUGGAAGGUGGCAAUUGUUUCCCAGAACAAUUUCCCAACUAAAGCUGGCUUGGCAUCUUCAGCUUCAGGUUAUGCAUGCCUAGUAUUUACGUUGGCUCAACUAUUCGAGCUGGAAUCUCAAAAAUCCGAAUUGUCUGCUCUCGCGAGACGCGGAUCUGGGUCUGCCUGUCGGUCCUUGUUUGGUGGAUUUGUCCAAUGGUUUCAUGACUCUCAACCCUGUGUCGCACGGCCAAUCGCUGAAGCAGAACAUUGGCCCGAGUUGCGUUGUCUGGUUGCUGUCGUCUCGAGCACUAGCAAAGCUGUUGGCAGCACGGAAGGAAUGAGACGAAGCGUUAAAACAAGCAAACUGUUAGAACAUCGUAUCAAGCAUAUCGUCCGAGACAGAGUUGAGGAAAUGAAAAUGGCCAUUCUUCAAAAGGACUUCGUCAAGUUUGCCGAGCUGACUAUGCAAGAUAGCAACCAGUUUCAUGCAAUUUGUCUUGACACCUAUCCCCCACUAUUUUACAUGAAUAGCACAUCGCAGGCUAUUAUCCAGCUGGUGCAUCGCUAUAACGAGAUUAGACAAAAUAUUAAGGUGGCAUACACCUUCGACGCCGGACCAAAUGCCGUGCUUUUUAUGGAAGAAAGUGAACUUAAUCGUUUUGCGUCUGUGUUUCACUCCUUCUUCGGAUCUAUUCCGCACGAAAGUUUUUUCAGAGGAAAGGUACCUGAUCCAGUGGAUUCAACGAAAGAUGUGGAAGCUUUAGGGCCAGAUAAGGCGUUGAAAGGCCAAGUUCAAUAUACUAUUGUAUGCCAUGUUGGUCAAGGUCCCAAAAACAUUGACCCAACAGGUUGAAUUGUUCAAAUACACUUUACUUUAGAGGUUCGCUUUAUGCGUCCAUAAGCUGAA